AUGUCCUUGCCCGCCCCACAGUCGCGGACUGGCUCCAACGCGGGGAACCAGGGUUACCUGGUGAACCAACAGAAUAUGGUCGGGUCAUACAGACACUAUGGGAUGCAGGGACCACAGCAAGAAGGAUACAGUACCCAGAAUGAUCCGGGGUGGAUCCAGCGAGUGUUGGAGGAAAUGAAGGACAUGCUCGUCCUUCUCAACGCUAAGGGCCGCAUCAACUAUGCGUCGCCAUCCGCCAAACAGAUCACCGGUCGCGCAGCGAACCAGUUCGAGGGCAGCUUCCUUACCCAAUACAUACAUCAAGGCGACAAGCAUAUAUUCUUGCGUGACAUGGUCGAGUCGGUCGAGUGCAACCAGCCGUUCCGAACUCAUGUGCGAUUCCAAAAAGCCAACAACACAUACUGCUUGCUAGAAAUCUAUGGGCAUCCCCAUAUCGCCAAUCCAAAUCCUUCCCAGGAAAGUAGCGGAGCUAGCCAGGAUCGUUGCAUGGGAUUCUUCCUCACGUGUCGGCCCUAUCCGCUCAAAAAUUCACAACUUCUCGACUCCUUCCUUGAACACAAAAUUGAAAACGCGCGUCUGGUACAGCAAAUCACCAAACUGAAACAGGAGGAAGAGGAGGAGGCAAACAUGUCGCGCAUGUCUUAUAACAGGGUGGAAGUGGGUAAGCCUUGGGGCGAGAAUCCAUCUACUACUGCACGACAGGUGGUCUUGAGCGACCAGGAGUCUACCGAGACCGUAGCUCCAAACUCGGACUCGUCUGACGAAAACCCCUCUCUUGAUUACUUUGCGAAUAAUGCUCCGCGUGCCGAAAACCUGUCCCAUAUUGAUGGUAUUGAAGUCAUGACCGGCCUCUACUAUGGCGAUGGAGAAAGAUCACAGGGUCUCAGUACUGGCGUCAACCCAGGCAGAUUGGUUCACUGCGAUAUCGAUAUCACUACUGCAGCAGAUCAAGCACGCAACGCCCAAGAGGGUGACCGACGAAAGAGGCUGAAGGACCAACACGUCUGUGGUGAUUGUGGCACAGCCGACUCUCCUGAAUGGAGAAAGGGCCCCAAUGGACCUAAAACUCUCUGUAAUGCCUGCGGCUUACGCUGGUCCAAAAAGGAGAAGAAACGGCAAGAGUCCACCUAA